GCCCCGGGGCAGUUCGGUGCUCUGCCCAGACCGCCACGUGUGCGAUGUGUCCUUGGCAGAGGCUUUAUGGUGCUUGAUUCUUCCCUCUGGGAGCUUGUGUUGGUUAGCCGGCUUGGCCCUGGCUUAGUCCAGGGUUCGGGCGACGGUGCCUUGAAUCCGGUAGCAUUAUCAUCCAUGGCACCGGCCAGAAGCUACAUCCCAUCCCUGCUCCCAGUGCCGUUUGGCUUCCAUGUCGGGCAUGGCAUGGCAUGGCAUGGCAUCCCUGAACCCCUGCCAUUCCAGAUCAUUCCAUCAUACCCAUGCAGGAGGACUGCAUGCUAGUGCUGCAGGAUUUGGGGCGCCCCAUCGGA